AUGAGUAUCAGAUCAAAUGUUUUCCCUGCAGUGUUUAAAAUUCUUGAAGGCGAAAAGCAAGCAACUAUCAAGAAUUUCGAACGGUUGCGGCGAGACAAGCCACAUCGAAUGCUAAAUAAAACAACAAUAAUCCAUAGUUUACAGAGCAUACAGAGGGUAAUAUCAGCGGGUUUUCAGAUCAAAUCUCUCGGUAUUACUGCGCCUUUGCAAGCCGAAUCACUGGAUGCCAUAAAGUUUGACUCUCGACAAGUAAUCGAUAAGCUUGACCAAUUCCCGGCUGAACGUUAUUAUGUUACAGAGUUAGCGAGAACGAGGCAGAUUCUGGGCCAACACGCCAAGGUUGGAAAUUGGGAAGUUUACGCAGAGGUUCCUUUUCCUAAUACACAAUUCCCCGAGAAAAUAAACAGGCUAUUAGUACUGGAUCGGAUAGAGAAUCCAGCCAUAGUUGGAAAUAUGAUUAGGACAGCCAAAGCACUCGGGUGGGAUAGCGUGUGCUUGACACCAGGCACGGUCGAUCCGUUUGAUUCGGAGGUUAUGAGGCAUUCGAGAUUAGCUUCGUUAUUUAUCCCGAUCGCGUAUACGCUCAGUCCCAAUUGGAAUGAAUAUGUUAAGCAACACGAUCUCAACAUAAUGUUGUCGCAGAUGGUGCCAAAGGACAUAGUUAAAGACGACGUCAGCGAUAAAAAGACGCCGCUUCAAUUUUGGGACAAUCUGACAAAAAAGCUAGAUACCGAAAGAGGAAUGAAGCUAUUGGCCAGCGGUCGUGUAGCACUUGUUGUCGGCAAGAAACAUAGUAGACGGCGAUAUACUACUUUUCCCAUGGAUUCCUUGUGCGUCGGCAUACCAAUGCUGAACCAUGUAAAGUCAUUGAACACUUCUGUUUCUGGCUCUAUACUUAUGAAUGAAAUAAGUAGACUUAUGGGCUAUGGCGUGCAAGAUGAUCAGACGGUGUCACAGUAA